CCGCGAGCCGCGCCCGCCGCCGCCGCCACAGCCAUGGAGUGCAGAGACAAAGCUGCUGUUCCUCCACGGAAGCUCGUCCAAGCCCGGCUGCCCUUCAAGCGCCUCAAUCCUGUGCCAAAGGAGAAUCUCGAUGUCGGCUCAGAAGUCAAAAAAGUCAAGAGCUCCCCGAGUGCUUUUGCUGCCAGCCAGGAUCCCUCCCUGGAUGCCUCAGGUGCCUCCCUGGACAAUGUGGAGAACGACUGCCAGCUGGGCUCCGACGGGAACUUGACUCCAAACCUCGUGAACGGGAAGGGUCCCUUGGACCAUUUUAUCCAGAAAACCCCAGGAGGUGACACGAGGGACCCUGGGGGUGCUCCUGACCCCUCCAGGGGCCCUGCCCACGGACCUGGGGACAGCACAGAGCGGGGGGCCGUGGAUUCUACAGCUGCUGUGAGCAAUGGCACCAUAGGAAAGGGGCUGGGCUGCCUGAGCCCCGUGCAGAGCAGCCCAGCAGGUGACUCUGUGGGGACCGAGGGGCCCCGUGCAGCUGCAGGAGCUGGGAGCCCCCCACGCUCCAGCCCCACGGCCUGCCAGGAUGCAGCAGGCAGGAGAGGCUCUCAGGGAGAACUGAAGGAUGUGCUCUUUGAGGGGAAGGUGCCCGUGGUGCUGCUGGAGGACAUCAUGAGCCUGAAGUGCCCCCAGGCGGCCUCGUCGGAGAGCGAGGCCCUGGAGUCGUCCCACGAGGGGGACUCGGGACUGACCAACUCCUCCCUGAGCUCUGGGGGCUCCCCCGAGCUCCUGGCACAGAGCAAGGGCAGCAGCAGCAGCCCCCUGGCUGCCUCCACGCCUGCCAGGAAGGUACCUCAGAAAUUCCACAGAAGUUCAGCAGAGAAGGAGAAGCUGAGAUUGCAAAGAGACCAGGAGCGUGCGGACAAGCUCCAGAAGCUGCAGGCAGAGAGGGAGGAGAAGGGGAGGCUCAAGGAAGAGGCAAAAGCUGCGAAGGAACGAGCCAAAGAGGAGGCCAAGAAGAGGAAAGAGGAAGAGAAAGAGUUGAAGGAGAGAGAAAGGAGGGAAAAGAAGGAAAAGGAGGAGAAGGAGAAAGCUGAGAAGCUGCGAGUGAAGGAGGAGAAGCGCAAGGAGAGGCAGGAGGCUCUGGAGGCAAAACUUGAGGAGAAGAGAAAGAAGGAAGAGGAGAAACGGUUAAAGGAGGAAGAAAAGCGCAUCAAUGCCCAGAAAGCAGAGAUCACCAGGUUCUUCCAGAAACCAAAGACUCCACAAGCCCCCAAGACCCUUGCUGGCUCCUGUGGCAAGUUUGCUCCUUUUGAAAUUAAGGAGAACAUGGUCUUAGCCCCCCUCAGCCGCGUGGCCCUGGAACCAGAGGACCUGGAGCAGCUGGACAAGCUCCUGCACGCCCAGAAUGCUGAAGAUUCUUUCUUGAAGGAUCUAAAAUGUCGCAAACCACGAAAAACUGGGCCCACUUUGGUCAGUGACAGCAGUGACAGUGUCAACAGUGACGUGGUGGUGGUGGAGAGCUGCCAGGCAGAUGCUGUUCCUGAGAGGGAGAAGUUUGGCAGGAUGAAGCUCCUGCAGUUCAGUGAGAAUCACCGUCCUGCCUACUGGGGCACCUGGAACAAGAGAACCUCCCUGAUCCGUGCCAGGAACCCGUGGUCCAAGGACACUAAACUGCUGGACUAUGAAGUGGACAGUGAUGAAGAGUGGGAGGAGGAGGAGCCAGGGGAAAGUCUCUCCCAUAGUGAAGAGGAUGACGAAGAGGAGGGAGAGGAUGAAGAUGAGGACGAUGGGUUUUUUGUACCCCAUGGGUACCUAUCUGAAGAUGAAGGUGUGACAGAGGAGGGUGACCCAGAGAACCAGAAGGUUCGUCAGAAGCUGAAAGCAAAGGAGUGGGAUGAGCUGAUAGCCAAGGGGAAGAGGUUCCAUGUCCUGCAGCCUGUGAAGAUUGGCUGUGUCUGGGACAGGGCAGCAAAGGACAACAGCACCAACCCCGACCUGAAGGUGCUCCAGCAGUUCACAGCCUGUGUCCUGGAUCCACCUGUGCCAGAGGAGGAGCAGCAGACACAGAAAUGUAGCAAAAAAAGAGCAAAAGAUCAGCAAAUCCUGGCCCAGCUGCUGCCGCUGCUGCACGGCAACGUGCACGGGAGCAGGGUGAUCAUCCAGGAGUUCCAGGAGUGCUGCCGCCAGGGACGCUUCAGCCACGGCGCCAGGAGCCCCCCGGAGGCCGGGGCGGGCGAGGACAGCGGCGUGCCCUCCAAGGCCAGGCUCAAGAGGAUCAUCUCGGAGAGCUCCGUGUACGAGAAGAGGCCCGAGUUCAGGAUGUGCUGGUACGUGCACGCCGAGGUGCUGCGCAGCUUCGGCCAGGAGCAGCUGCCCGUGCCCUGCCAGUGGAGCUACGUCACCCAGGUGCCCUGCGCGGGCAAGGAGGAGGGGGGCGGCAUGCCAGGAGUGCCCGUGCCCCAGCCCACCCCCCUGGCAGCCAAGAGGAAGGCCAUGGGAAGCAUGUCCAUCACCAAGUUCAUGAAGAGGCCUCGGGGCGCCGAGCAGGCUGCAGAGAUGGAUGGAUUUCAGGCAGACACUGAGGAAGAUGAGGAAGAUGAUGACUGCAUGAUUGUGGAUGUACAGCCAGGAAAAGGUUCCACAGCUUCAGAAUCCAGUGGCACAAGAGCUGCUCACCAGGACAGCAGCAUGGUCAGCCCAUCUAAUACAAUUUGAGACUUUAAUGCUACUAACUCCUCUGUAUGUAUGUAGAAUGAGCUAGAAAGUUUUAAACCUUGUGUAUCUUUGACCAAGAUACUUGAAAGUAUUCCACAUUUCUUGUAAAGAGAAGACAGCACUUUGUUCUGCUUCAGACCAGAUGGAAGCUUAAAUUUUUAGCUUUAGCUUUUUAGCUUUUUUUUUUUUUUUAAAUACUGCAUAUUAAUCUGUCCUUAAUAAAGCAUUAUUGAAAUUUUGAUA